AUGGAUAUAAAUUUAGAAGAGAGAGCAUAUACGUCGCCUAUGAUGCGCUAUAUAUACAGGCAUCAUAAUAUGAUAAAUAAAAAAAAUGGUGAAACAAAAAGUAAUGAUUUUAUACCCUUCAGUAUUAGAUUAGGCAGUCUACCAAUAAGCAAUGCCAGUAAUAAUAAGUAUAUGUCGAAUUUAAAUUCUUUAAAUAUAAUAAAUAUGUUACCAUUAUCUUUAUUUUCAAGUUAUAAUAGUAACAACAUGACUUCAACAGAUAUUUUGUUUUUACCCAAAUUUUCAACCUUUUUAUUUUUUACUAUACCUAUAUUUGUCAUGUUACCAAAUUUAACCUUAUAUACAAAGCAUUGGUUUUUCUUUGCCCCAAAAUAA